GCGCGCGACCGCGUGGGGUGGGGCGCGUCGCUGCAGGCCGUCGUCGAGAAGAUCGGGCUCGACUCGGCCGCGCAGCGCCGCUUCGCCGCGCUGCUCGAGGAGCUGCACGCCCACGACGUCGACUCGCUCUGCGUGCGCGCCGCGUCGGCGGCUUUCGUACGAGACUCUCUCGGCGGCAGGCACGGGCUGGUCGCCCGGCUGCGCGACGCCGCCGAGCACGCGAGGUGUGCGCUGCCGAUGGAGCACUUCGCCGCCGCGCGCAGCUGCCUGGACGAGGCCUUCGAACACGUCUGCGACUACAUCUCCGUCAAGGUCGUGUUUGGCGACCUGCGCGCGUCGCUGCUCCUCGGCCUUUACGCGCCCUCGCCGCAUGCCGCGGGCAUUUCCGCGCCGCUCCGCACCCUCGACGGCACUCUGGGCGCGCUCCACCGGAUGCUUCCCACCGAGUGGACUCGCCGCCGCGUGCUCUUCCAUGUCUUCCGCGCCACGUGCGCCGCCUUCGAGGCGGUGCUGCUCGAUCCGUCUUCGGUGCGCGACUACGCCCUCGACGACGUCACCGUCUUCAGCCACGAUUUGCGGCUCAUGCAGGACUUCUUCGUCGCCGAGAACGAGGUCGGCGAGCCGCAGGGCGUGACGCACGUCGAGGCGGAGGAGUGCCUCGCCUCGCUCAAGCUGCUGCUCGGCAUCCUCGACACGCGCUCCGAGGUGCUCGUCGAGCUGAUCGCCCGCCCCGCCUCCAUCUCCACCACGCUGGUCGGCCACCAGAACUUUCGGCAGCACGAGCUCUACGUGCUGCUCGCGGGCAAGGUGCUGUCCAAGCGGACCGACAGCGCCGCUCGUUCGUGGAAGGCGGCGCCGGUGCGGGGGGCCGUCAGCUAGCUAAGGCCAGAGCAGCGCUGCUGGAGAGCCGUAGAUAGACAAAUAUUCUGGACAUAAAACUCGAUGAU